AUGAAGAUUACAAUAGAUGGUGUGGAAAUCGACAAGAUUAACAUCGAGUUCCUUCGAAAUUACGUCGGAGUCGUCUCACAAGAGCCGAUGCUUUUCAAUACAACGAUUGAACAGAACAUCCGCUACGGACGAGAGAAUGUCACCGACGCGGAAAUCACCGCUGCUCUACGUAAAGCAAACGCUUAUAACUUUGUACAGUCGUUCCCUGAUGGGAUCUAUACGAACGUUGGUGACCGUGGUACCCAGAUGUCCGGUGGCCAGAAGCAGCGCAUAGCCAUUGCUCGUGCGUUGGUCAGAGAUCCGAAAAUUCUCUUGCUGGAUGAGGCCACUAGCGCCCUCGACGCCGAAAGUGAACACAUUGUUCAGCAAGCGCUGGAGAACGCGUCCAAAGGAAGAACUACCAUUGUGGUUGCUCAUCGAUUGUCGACAAUUCGAAAUGCUGACAAGAUUGUUGCCAUGAAGAAUGGAGAGGUGAUGGAAGUCGGCACCCAUGAUGAGCUGAUCGCCCGCAAAGGACUAUACCAUGAGCUGGUCAAUGCCCAGGUGUUCGCCGACGUGGACGAUAGUAAGUUACCCCUCUUUUGGACAAGAGCCAUCGACGAAAGUGGCGAGCCGGGCGAUCGACGGCGUACGAUGUCAUCUUCACGUUCGAGAUCUCCAUCAUUAGCCUCACCCGAAUAUAAGCGGCUCAAGUCUCAAAUGUCCGUAACCGAAAAUACUGCUGGUGGAGGUGCUCAGAACGAUCCAGUGAAAGCAGAGAAAGACUUAGAACGUCUGAAGAAAGAACUGGAAGAGGAAGGUGCCGCCAAGGCGAAUCUUUUCAAAAUUCUCGGCUAUGCUCGACCAGAAUGGCCAUUUAUCGCCCUCGCCGUUACUUCUUCGAUCGUUCAAGGCUGUGUUUUCCCAGCAUUCUCACUCUUUUUCUCGCAAAUUAUCGACGUGUUUUCCAAGCGACCAGGUGACCCUACGCUCAAAAGCGACGGUCAUUUCUGGGCACUUAUGUUCCUCGUGCUGGGUGGCACUCAAGCGAUGACCAUGCUCAUUCAGUGCUUCUUCUUCGGUUUGUCAGCCGAACGGCUCACAAUGCGAUUACGAUCAAAGAUUUUCCGAAAUGUGAUGAGAAUGGAUGCCACCUAUUUCGACAUGUCUCGCCAUUCAGCUGGAAAGAUCACUACCCGCUUAGCGACAGACGCACCAAACGUGAAAUCGGCUCUUGACUAUCGUUUCGGUUCGGUCUUUAGUUCAGUCGUUUCCAUAUGCUGUGGUAUAGGUAUCGCGUUCUAUUUUGGAUGGCAGAUGGCACUUUUGACAAUCGCCAUUUUCCCGUUAGCUGCUGUGGGGCAAGCGAUUCAGAUGAGGUUCAUGUCUGGGCGUGCGACAGCCGAUGCGAAAGAGAUGGAAAACAGUGGAAAGAUUGCCAUGGAAGCCAUCGAGAAUAUUCGAACGGUGCAAGCAUUGACGUUGGAGCGUCGGCUCCAUGCCCAGUUUUGUCAUCAUCUAGACGGACCGCACAAAACCAGCAGGAGGAAGGCUCUUAUUCAGGGUGUCUCAUAUGGAUUUGCCAGCAGCAUCUUCUACUUCCUGUACGCUUCAUGCUUCCGUUUCGGGUUGUGGCUCAUCGUCAAUGGCACAAUCCACUCGAUGAAUGUUCUCAGGGUACUAUUUGCAAUUUCUUUCACUGCUGGAAGUAUGGGAUUUGCCAGCUCGUAUUUCCCCGAGUACAUUAAAGCGACAUUUGCUGCCGGUAUCAUCUUCCACAUGCUGGAAGAAGAACCACGAAUCGACGGCAUGACGAAUAACGGCAAGAAACCGAAGAUUACCGGUGCCGUCAAGCUGAAUAAAGUCUAUUUCAAAUACCCCGAACGGCCAGAUGUUCCCAUACUUCAAGGACUCGACAUCAACGUGAAACCCGGCGAGACUCUUGCCCUGGUUGGUCCUAGCGGUUGCGGAAAGUCCACAGUUAUAUCGCUACUCGAAAGGCUCUACGAUGCCUUAGACGGUUCUGUUGAAAUUGAUGGUAACGAUCUACGUGAAGUGAACCCAACUCAUCUGCGAGCCCACAUUGCCUUGGUAUCGCAGGAGCCGAUCCUAUUCGACAGAUCCAUCCGUGACAAUAUCCUCUACGGCCUUCCACCCGGUUCCGUCAGUGAUGCGGCUGUGCACGAAGUCGCGCAACGUGCCAACAUCCAUAAAUUCAUCAUGGACCUGCCUGAUGGUUACAACACUCGUGCGGGAGAGAAAGGAACUCAAUUGUCUGGAGGCCAAAAACAACGAAUUGCCAUCGCACGUGCCCUCAUCAGAAAUCCGAAAAUUCUACUGCUCGACGAGGCUACCAGUGCCUUGGAUACCGAAAGCGAAAAGGUUGUGCAAGAGGCCCUCGACAAGGCAUCAGAAGGCCGUACCUGUAUCGUUGUGGCACAUCGGCUGUCGACUGUUGUCAAUGCCAAUUGUAUAAUGGUAGUCAAGGGAGGAAAAGUAGUUGAAAAAGGAACCCACAGUGAACUGAUGCAAGCCAAGGGCGCAUAUUGGGCGCUCACACAGAAGCAAACAUUGGCCAAGGAAUGA